CGAAAUUAAUUAAUAAACUAUAGCUAGAUUCCACCUCUCGCAUCAUUACAGAAUGAGAAAAGUCAACAGUGAAACUAACGUUUUAUGGAAUAGGAUGUAUCAUGUAGCCUAAGCUUCAUAUCGAUACAGUGGAUAGGGUGGGUGGACUCCUCCCCUUCUGCAGAGUCAGGAAGAUCCCCUUCCUGCGGUCGGUUUUAUGUGUGACAGCCAGCGCAUUGUCUCAGUAGGGAUACAGCCACCUAACGUUAUAUAAAAAGAAGAUUUCUGAUCUGAAGACAGAGUUGCGGAACGUCGGUAACUCAAGCAAAUACAAAAUUGCUGCCAAUAUCUGGAAGUGACAUUGGGGACAUUGGAUUUAUUAUCCAAUCAUGGGAAACAGAGAUGAUGAAUACGAUUUCUUGUUCAAAGUGGUGCUGAUUGGGGACUCUGGUGUUGGAAAGAGUAACCUGCUGUCUCGCUUCACUCGGAAUGAGUUCAACCUGGAGAGCAAAAGCACCAUCGGAGUGGAGUUUGCCACACGCAGCAUUCAGGUGGACAGUAAGACGAUAAAGGCUCAGAUCUGGGACACAGCUGGACAGGAGCGCUACAGGGCCAUCACGUCAGCGUAUUAUCGGGGUGCCGUUGGCGCUUUGCUGGUGUAUGACAUCGCCAAGCACCUGACCUAUGAGAAUGUGGAGCGCUGGCUGAAGGAGCUGAGGGACCAUGCCGACAACAACAUCGUCAUCAUGCUGGUGGGCAACAAGAGUGACCUGCGCCAUCUGAGGGCCGUGCCUACUGAUGAGGCCCGGGCCUUUGCAGAGAAAAACAACCUUUCAUUCAUUGAGACAUCAGCCUUGGACUCAACAAAUGUGGAGGAGGCUUUCAAGAACAUCCUAACAGAAAUCUACCGGAUUGUGUCACAGAAGCAGAUUGCGGAUCGGUCUGCACAUGAUGAAUCUCCAGGCAACAACGUGGUUGACAUCAGUGUGCCGCCCACCACUGACGGUCAGAAAGGAAACAAACUACAGUGCUGUCAGAACCUGUGAUGUUUCCCAAUCAUGCUUCUCGUUGCCCAAUCUCUUCCCACAAAGCUUGAUCUCCAUGUUCCUCAUACAUGCCAUUUUUUCAGUUGUCUUAACCAUGUUGUUAUGCUGCUGCUACUCAACUUGGCUCCUAUCAACAAAAAUUUGUAUGGCCUGUACUGCAACUUGCAUCUGGAUGAGGUUUAUAAGCAGCCUCUGCCAAACUUACUCAUGUACAGGAAUUUCAUCUUAUGUCAUUAGCUUUGCACAUGUUAGGGAAAUAGGACUGGUGUGAGACGAUCACAGUUCACAUUUAGACAGAAAUUACUCACUACAAGUGUCCAAGUACCCAGAGGAUUUCAAUGAAACUCUAGUUCAGGUUUAAUAUGCCUCUAAGUGUUAUUGUUGCAGCUAUGCCUGCACCUAGUAAGUUAUUGAUUGUAAUGAAUAACUGGUGAGCAAUCCUGAUCCUGACCAAACCAUCUAACCAGGCCUUAGGGAUGGACUUACCAUAAAAUCCUGUGGUGGAUGCUUAGCUUAAAUAUUGACCACUAGAUGGUGCUGUGUACAUAACCAUGUGCUGUUGUCCAGGCCUUUGGGGAUGAUAGAUCAUGCAUCUGUACAAAGUGAUUCAAGUUAAGAUACCGAUAUGAUUUCAUAUGACAUAUACAGACGCACUGUAUGUAUUCAUAUGGAUUUAACUUGCAUUGUUUUACUGUAAAUAAACUGUAUGAAUUAUGAAAGUUUCAAAUCCAGUGUACAGUUGAAUGACAAAGCUUCUCGUGUUCUCUUUGAACAAGCCACAACUGAAACUAGACAACCUCAGCUUACCUUUAUAACACUGAAAUAAAUAUCCUACUAUUCGUAAAGCAACUAACAGCACAUAUGAUAAUGAUACAAUAUAGCACUCUCAAUAAUAAAGUAAUCACUUAGAAGGAUAUGAUGACUGAGUUUGAGAUGUAACAUUACAAAACAAUAUUGCAAAAUGUACUAAAAUCACAAAAAAAAAAAUAACACAGACAUCA